GCAGCUGAAGAAAGAAAAAGAAACUAUCAUGAGCGAGAGGUUACAUAACGCUCCCAUGAAAGCUCUUGAUUAUUGGGUGGACUGCUCUGUUAGACAGAUAUGGAAUGCUCACUCUGAACAUGAAGCCAGAGUUAAUGGUACAAGAUUGUUCAAGACUCUCAUGAACGAGAUCAAAACAAAUGCAGACACUGUCGAGAAAUGUCAUCUUCAGUUAGCCAAAGAUAUGCAAUUGGAUGAGAAUUAUCAUCAAUAUGAUCAUGAAGCUCUUGCUCUCCAGCGAGAAGUGGAUGCAAAAAAUGUACAUCUGAAUGAGUAUGAAGAACAUCUGAACUUGGACUUGCAACAUCAGAGGCAAGUGGUGUCCCAGUACGAGGAUUGGCUGCGUGCACUUCAGGUGGAAAAUAAUGAAUUGACAACACAACUAAACCUGGCUCAGCAAAGAAGGUACUUCCCAAGGCAAUAAUUCACUUCCAUGUAUCGAGAUGAUGACUUUAAUUGAUUCUUGGAUAUGUUAAUUUGGCCUAAUGGGUGGUUAGUAUGUGAGUGCUUUCAUCUGUGGAAAAGGUAGUGCUAUUUAUCUGCAGGCACUACAAAUGGUGUCUGCCGUCCCAGUUGGUUUAGUUUCAUUUGAAUAAACCAUUAAGGAUUACUUCUCUUUAAAGUUUGAAUCUUCGAAUUCAAUAUUGAACUUUUAUAGUUUUGGACUUUGGU